CGAAACGUAUGCUGGCUCAGUCUUUUCAUGUAUGUGACCUUAAAGAGAUUAGUUCAUGAUGGGAGAGGAGCCGAGAAAUCUCAUGAUAAAUCUGUCAACAGAAGGAGAAGGCUACUUGCCUCGCAGGAAGAAAAUUACAGGAAACAGGGGUCAAAGGAUAAAAGCUAGGAAAGCAGCCAAGAUCAAUGACAAGCUCCAGAAACAAACAGAGGACAGAUCCUUCAGCGAACACAGAUCAGUAACGGAACCGAAACCAACAUCAGAACAUGCAGAGUUCAAAGGUCAAUCGUCACGUGACCUCCUAGAUGUAGUCCAAAAACCAAGAGGCCCAGUUAUUUCUUCAUUGUUCAACAGAAACCCGGAAAUUCCUCGAGUUCCACAAUCCACUGUCAAUCCUGUGAAGGAAGAAGUCUUCUCAUCAGACUCUUUUCAUAGCGUUGAUCUGCAUCCUUAUAUGGUGUCUAACUUAGAAGAUAGGAUGGGACUGAAGAAGAUGACAAGUGUACAGUGUAGGUCUAUACCUGUAUUACUGAAGGGACGGGAUGCUUUGAUCAAGUCACAAACUGGAUCAGGUAAAACUCUAGCCUAUGCCAUUCCAGUGGUACAGAGUUUACAGGCUCUCACACCUGAAGUCCAGCGUAAUCAUGGACCCUACGCUGUGGUCCUUGUCCCAACAAGGGAGUUGGCAAUACAGAGUGAGGAAACUUUUCACAAGUUGGUACAGCCUUUCAUCAGGAUUGUACCAGGCUGUAUUAUAGGAGGAGAGAAAAGAAAAGCAGAAAAAGCUAGGUUGAGAAAAGGUCUAAACAUUUUAAUAGCUACACCAGGUCGCCUGCUGGAUCAUAUAGAACACACCAACUGUCUCAACUUGUCACGUGUCCGCUGGCUUAUACUGGAUGAGGCUGAUAGGUUGCUGGACAUGGGUUAUGAGAAGGCUGUUGCACGGGUUAUCACAGCCAUCAACCAGCACUCACAACAACCCCGACAAACUGUUAUGUUGUCUGCCACUCUCACACAGGGUGUAGAGAGAUUGGCUGGUAUCACCCUACAUUCUCCAGAGAUGAUAUCUGUCACAGAAAAUGAGACGGAGACAGCUCAACGAUCAGAUAGCAAACCUGAGAGGACAGCAAAGAACAGAGAAAAUUUGACAGCUGACGUGAAAGAAAGAUUUAGUAUACCUGACAAACUGAAGCAGCUGUAUGUCAUAGUACCAUGCAAACUGAGACUUGUGACUUUGGCUGCUUUCAUCAUGUGGAAGUGUAAGUUUUCAUCUCCAAAGAAUAAGAUGAUCGCAUUCCUGGCCACCCAGGACUCUGUAGAGUUCCAUCACAGAAUAUUUGACCACUGUAUUAACGGGAGAACUAUGCCAGCUGUAGACAGUGGGAUGGAUAGUGAUGACAGUGAUGUACCUGUUCACGGCUUGAAAAGUAGUUCCUCAGAGAAAGUAGUGGCGUUCUUUAAACUUCAUGGCGAUAUGCAACAGAAGGAAAGAACGAGGGUGUAUCAGGAAUUUAGUCAGGCUAGUUCUGGGGUCCUGCUAUGCACGGACGUAGCUGCUCGAGGGCUGGACCUGCCCAGGGUUGGCUGGAUCGUUCAGUUCUCUUCCCCUGGGGGUUGUGCGGAGUACAUCCACCGUGUAGGGAGGACAGCCCGAGCAGGAUCACAGGGUCACUCCCUGCUCUUCCUCAUGCCAGACGAAGUGAACUACAUCAAGACGCUUCAUGCUGAAAAUAUCAGUUUAAGAGAGCUACCUAUGGAAGACAUACUGAAGAGCCUAAUUCUACAUGUUAGAGAUGUACCACAAAACUUUGAGCAAAGAAGGGAGACACCCAGAACUUACCAGGAAGCUGCCACCUUCUUCCAGCUGAAGAUGGAAGAAGAUGUGCAUCACAACAAAGAGCUUUUUCAGCUCUCACAGAAAGCCUACCAGUCCUUCGUCAAGGCGUACGCCACGUACCCAGCACAUCUCAAGUCCAUCUUCCAUGUGAAAAAUCUACACCUAGGCCACCUGGCUAAAAGCUUCGCACUCCGAGACACACCCAAAGACAUCGGCAUUGGAUUCUCUAAAAUAAUGGCAUCCCCGAAGCACAAGAGAAAGAGGGAUAUAAACAAAAUAACAUUCAGAGAAGGAGAGGCUGCCAAAAAGCAGAGAACAAGCCUGAUGUCCGAGUUCUCUAGUGGAAGUAAAGGCAGGAGAAAGGCUUUCUCAGGUCCUGGCGUCCGCAAGCGGAAGAAAGCGCGAAAGUGAUUCAAACACAUGGUGUUAAAU